AGAGUGUGUGAAAGAGAGAGAGAGAGAGGAGAGAGAGAGAGAGAGAAAGAAGUCAACCGCUCGUCUCGGUAUUAAAUCUUCCGUCACUUUCUGCGGCUGCUUGAAAACUUUUCACCGCUCCAACGGCCGUGUAGCUGCUGGGCGGACCUGUCUCUUCUACACCGCGACACUUAGCACCAAACUACAGAUUACGUGGUUUUGUUUUGUUUGUUCUUUCUCUCAUUUCAUCUCCACUACCUGAGCUCUGAGGAAAAGAAACACCAGACAUGGCCACGACAACCUGCACGAGAUUCACGGAUGAAUACCAGCUGUACGAGGAGCUGGGCAAGGGAGCCUUUUCAGUGGUGCGCAGAUGUGCAAAGCUGUGCACGGGACAGGAGUAUGCUGCCAAAAUAAUCAACACCAAAAAGUUAUCUGCAAGAGAUCACCAGAAGCUGGAACGAGAAGCUCGGAUCUGUCGUCUGCUGAAACAUCCCAACAUCGUUCGUCUACACGACAGUAUAUCAGAGGAGGGAUUCCACUACCUCCUCUUUGACUUGGUGACCGGAGGUGAACUGUUUGAGGACAUCGUAGCCAGAGAGUAUUACAGUGAGGCCGACGCCAGUCAUUGCAUCCAGCAGAUCCUGGAGGCGGUGCUUCACUGCCACCAGAUGGGCGUGGUGCACCGGGACCUGAAGCCAGAGAAUCUGCUGUUGGCAAGCAAAUGUAAGAACGCAGCUGUGAAGCUGGCUGACUUCGGCCUGGCCAUCGAGGUGCAGGGUGACCAGCAGGCCUGGUUUGGUUUUGCUGGUACUCCGGGGUACCUGUCGCCUGAGGUACUGAGGAAGGAGGCAUAUGGUAAACCAGUGGACAUCUGGGCCUGUGGGGUGAUCCUUUACAUCCUGCUGGUGGGUUACCCUCCUUUCUGGGACGAGGACCAGCACAAGCUGUACCAGCAGAUCAAGGCUGGUGCUUAUGAUUUCCCUUCUCCAGAGUGGGACACCGUUACCCCGGAGGCCAAGAACCUCAUCAAUCAGAUGCUCACCAUCAACCCGGCCAAGAGGGUCACUGCUCAGGAGGCGCUCAAACACCCAUGGGUCUGCCAACGAUCCACAGUGGCGUCCAUGAUGCACAGACAGGAGACCGUGGAGUGCCUGAAGAAAUUCAACGCCAGGAGGAAACUCAAGGGGGCGAUACUUACUACCAUGCUGGUGUCACGGAACUUCUCUGUGGGUAGCAGGCAGACCACUGCUCCGUCUGCCCCUGCGGCGGCAGCGGGGGGGGCUGCAGCCGCCGACACCACCGCAGGGCUGGUGGAACAAGCUAAGACUUUGCUCAACAAAAAGGCAGACGUCAAGCCCCAGACAAACAGCACCAAAAACAACAUAGUCACCAGUCCCAAAGGAAAUAUCCCUUCACCUGCUCUGGAACCUCAGACAACUGUCAUCCAUAAUCCAGUAGACGGAACAAAGGAAUCAUCUGACAGCAGUACUACCACCGUGGAGGAUGAAGAUGUCAAAGGGAAAAGCAUAGACAGCAGCUCACUUAAGGCUCAGUCCAGCACCAGCUCCCAACCCGAUAGCUGUCAGGGCUGCUCACCUGCUGUGCUCUCUGCUGCAAAGUUUGCUGACCUUCUGGGCUCAGUCCGCAGGGGCUCAGGGCCUAUAUCUGACAGCGAAGGCCGAUCCGUCUCGCCACCAGCUGCAGUCCUUUCAGCCCCCUCCCCCCCACACACCCCUGUUGUUCCAAUGCAGAUGUCCCGUCUCACAGACCUGGUAAGCAGCGUCCGCAGGGCGCCGGCUGCCCCUGCACCUGACAGUGAUGCUGCACCAGCACCAACACCAACACCAGCACCAGUACCAGUACCCAGCCCCAGAUCUGCCCCUCCACCUGCUCACUCCACCCCCCCUCCACCUUCUCACUCCCCCACCAGCCCUCCCCCAUCUUCUGUCCAGACGCGCAAACAGGAAAUCAUCAAAAUCACGGAGCAGCUGAUAGAAGCCAUCAACAACGGAGACUUUGAGGCAUACGCUAAGAUCUGUGACCCUGGACUCACGUCCUUUGAACCCGAGGCCUUGGGAAACCUGGUCGAGGGGAUGGACUUCCACAGAUUUUACUUUGAGAAUCUUCUGGCUAAGAACAGCAAACCCAUCCACACAACCAUCCUUAACCCCCACGUCCACCUGAUCGGCGAGGACGCAGCCUGCAUCGCCUACAUCCGCCUGACUCAGUUUGUCGACAGCCAGGGCCAGCCUCGUUCCAGUCAGUCGGAGGAAACUCGCGUGUGGCAUCGCAGGGACAGCAAGUGGCAGAACAUCCAUUUCCACUGCUCAGGCGCUCCGGCUGCGCCGCUCCAGUGAGGGAUGAAGGCCGUAGGUUUUUCAGUGAGGAGUGCCCUGGAAAAGACCAGGAGGAGGAGGAAGAUGAGGAGGAGAGAAAAGGAUGAAAAAACAAGUUUCAGUUUCAGGCACUCCUCAGCCCCCUGCAGCAAACCCCUCUCCAGCUCACUGAGGAAGUCCAGCCUCAAACCCCCAGCAUGCAUCUCCUCUGUCACGACUACUGCCCCUAUCUGUCACCUGCCACGACACACUUUCAGCAGCAUCAUCUGACUUUCUGCCUAACUCUCCAGCCUCCUCCUCCUCCUCCUGAACGAUGGGUGGAAUGAAGAUGUUCUACGCACUUGUGUGAUUCCCUCCCUCCCUCUGUACCUCCCCCAUGCCCCAGAACUCCCCAAACUUUGAGUGACACCGUCUCUUUGUCCUCUUGUGAAUCCACACCUGUGUGACACACUGCAGUGGGAAUACAGUAUGUAAAGUUUAUGUUCAAUCAAUGUUGAUGAUGAUGAUGAUUAUUAUUAUUAUUAUGACACAUUUGCAGUUGUAUAUGUCAUUUGUGUAAUUCUUGAUGCCAGUGGUUUCUAGAAUUUAAGAAAAUAUUUUUUUGUUUUGUUUUAAUUUUUUUUUUCUCUAACUUUUUAAGGAAGCAUGUUUUUUUCCAUAUUACCAGUGGCUGUUUUUAUCGUGGCUUUUAAGUGAAAAUGAUAUCAGCUGUUUUUGUAUUUCGCCUUUCAUACGUUUGCUAUGCUACAGUGCCCAAACUCGUGGUCGGCCAUUUACCUGCCAGUUUUCGUUCUACUCUUUUUGGAGGUGGAUGGUGGUGGGGUCUUUUGUGGGGUGGGGGAAAAGGAUUAUGUUUAAAGCACAAGAGUGAGUCCUUGUGUUUGUUUGUGUUUGUGUUUUUUGUGUGUUUGUGUAUGUGUGGCUGUGGGUUUGUAGGGGAAACACUGGAGGAGGAACCUGUUGUUUUGACUUUGUUUCAGUGUCAAACUGUCAUGCAUGGGUCUACAGCAGGGGUCGUCCACACUUUUGUGGCUACUUUUAAAAUGGCCCUUGAAAAUGUUAAAUAUAUAUUUUAACUCAACAUACUUUAAAUAUACAUUAUAUGUUGGGAUACUGAUUCAAUGCACGUAGCUUCAUGGCACAAUAUGAUACAAUUCUUACAUUUAUUUUAUUGCUCAGGAUCUUCCAGUCCUCCCAUUUGUAGAUCCCGAUCCACUUAUUGGCCACUGCUGGUCCAUAUUGUUCUCCUCUUCUGAAGUGACGAUCACUAAACUUUAAACACUGUCGAAGUAAAGAAAAGCGGCAUUUUAUACACAAACACACCAGUGAAAAAGUGCUGACGUCCAAAGUAGCCGGUGUUGUUACUAUUCUACCUAAAGAAUUCAGGGUAUAUAUUUGUAAAAUCGGACAAAAAUAAGAUUUAAAAAAAGACUUUAACUUGAAAAGACUAUAACUCUAUCUGUGCUACAACACUUAGAAUUUAUACGAUAGAGUCGGUCUGUGUUGCAGCUUUUGUAUUUUUACGCUUUUAAAUUUUAAACAGGACCUGAGACCAAGACAAUCACAUUUUAUAAGUCGUUCUUUCCUCCUAAAUAAAGUUCAAUAUAUUACAGUAUAUACAGUAUAGUAAUGCAUUUUUGAUACGAUGUUACUUGAGAGACGAGACGCACACCGGGUGACCCCUACUGGACACCCGCAGAGUUGUACUCCUACUCAGUACUACUCAGUACUGUUUGUAUUGUACUUAAAAAAAAGCACAGUCAGCGUGAAUUUGGUCCAUUCAUAAAUACUGCAUUAUUAUCCUCCCUGCUUGGACCCAAUGUAAAUUGGCUGAAGAGCUUCAUAAGGCUUAGGAGCCACAGGUUGUAGACCUCUGGUCUUCUUUUUGUCAGAAAAUCAUACUUCUAACUGCUGCCACUGUGCAGCCCUAGUGGCACAUCUCAGCUUAUUAAACCAGUAUUUAUAACUAAGCAGUGGGUUUCUAUUUUAAAAUCGAAUGGCGCUACAUCGACUUGACCGUUACCGGUCCCAAAGCUAUAGUGAAAAGUACUAUAUAGAGUAUAAACUAUUUUUAGGGCACACUUCGUUUGGCUAAAACCCAGACAUUGGGUUUUUAUUAUCGGAGGAAAAAACAAUAACGAUUCUUACAUUACAUAAUAUGCUAAUAUCGGGCCGAUAUUAUCAGUUAUGUACAGUACGUGGGUCUAGGUGUAAAUAAGUGGUGUCUACAAGGUUCAUCUGGUCACAGCCUUUGUCACUAUUCUCUGUGUGUGUGUUGGGCAAUGUAUUUUAAGACCUGUCGGUAAAAUCUGCAGGUGUCGUUCAGUGUUUACGAGGUUGUUGGAAAAUGCCUUUUUUUCUUCGUUUUCCUUAUUCUAUGGACAUAUUCGUCCACCGCCUUUUAAACUGAGUGUUCAAUUCGUGAAGUUCUUGAAUUCGAAAUUCGAGAAUCUUUCGUCCUUUUCUUCGUGUUUCUCGUGUCGCUCUUUAUGUUUCAGUAUAGCGUUAUUACGAUGAAGGUAUUGGUGCCAGUGCGACAGGAUUUCACGGAUGGACUUAGCAAAAACACUGAAUAUUUGAUUUUGUCCGAGUGCGACUUUGCUCAUCCACCGUUGACUGCCUUCUCAUUUGUCUCCUCCUACUGGCCAGAUCAAGUGGUAGUAUGAAGAGGAGCGGGCAGUCAUUUUGGUGAAUAGUCCUCAGGUUUUUAUUUAUUUUAAAUAUUUAUUUAUUUAUGUCAUAGGUUUAUUUUUUAUUGUGCUUUCAUUUGUUGUGUUUUCCUCUCGUUGUACAGCUCGUGUGCAUUUAGUGUCUGCCAUUAAAGGGCCACAGUUACGUGAUCUUUUUAAAGGGAUGGUACACGAAGUUGUGUUCUGCAUGUUUUUUUUUGUAACGACCAACAAUGGUGUGAUUUUAUUUUGAUUUUUUUUUUGUCAUGACUUAUUUAUCUGCAGUUUUUUAAUCGUGUCUUUGUGCCUACAUUUAACACACAUAUGUGACGCGAGAUGAUGACACGUACCUUCACAUGCUUUUUUAAUAUAAUUUGCCGACUCAUAUCAGAGUAAUGACGUCCAUGUCACUCGACUAUUUGACAACAGACGGGGAAUCCGUUCUCAUUAGUGUGUUUAGUACGACAUGGGUUUAAUAUGAGGGAGUACACAGUUAUACACAGCUGUCAUUUUCUCUUCAUGACAGUCACUCGUUUGAUCCCUUUUUUCACCGUUUUCUACUGAACGCUGUGUAAAAGUCGACAUUUCUCUAUUUUCUCAGCUUUGUAAGUGCAUAUAACUUUUUGUGUUAGAAUGAUUAUAUGGAAGACGAUGAUGAUGACGAUUAUAUUCAUGACUCUGGAACUAAGGAUGACGUUGACAAUGAUGAUGCUGAUUAUUUUGCAUGCUUCUUUAUGUGGGCCCUGUGUUGUUGGCCUUUUGUAUAUAAAACAGAGAGAGAGUAUAUAAGAACCACGUGACGAGUGUCGCUUCGAUGAGCUUAUUAAAUCGCAAGCAGCUCCCAGAGACCACCAGGGGGCGCAAUCACACCACAAAAAGCACAAACCGAUGUAGCGGUAUUUUCAUGUUAGUGGCAAAUCUAAGAGGGGAAAACAGCGGUUCAUCACAGUAGAGUAAGAAGCAGCUCCAAACCAUUGAUACGUCACAAGUCAAAACGCUGUGGUCUCUUCAGUUUGGCCUUGUAGUUUUAGGCCUCUCUCUCUCUGUCUCUCUCUCUCUCUGUCUCUGUCUCUCUUUUCCUUCGGACCUCUUUACAGCCGUUUAUCCGCGGCUACCUUUUUUUUCUAUUUCCCUCAUUUGUCUCUGUUUUGGGUUUCUUCUGUAAAAUAAUGACUAUCCUCUGGUUCUGACUCUAUGGAUUAUUGCUCUGUUUGCUUAAAUGCUGUUAUGUAAAUGUGUUAACGUGCUAUCAAUAAAAAGACAGUUUAAAUGAUAAA